AUGCCAUUGGCGCCGGAUUUUGAGAAGCGACGCCAUAGCCAAGCUUCCAUGCACCACCGAAGCACUAAGCAUUGCUUAAUACCUUCACAGAUAAUAUGGAUUCUGAAUGUCAACAACGUGUUCCCCUUACUGCUUCAAAUAGACGAUGUUGUGAAUUGGAUGUUGACCACGAAUGGGGAUGAGGGCGUGGGCGAGGAUGAGGUCGAGGUCGAGUGGUCAGUAAACAACAACACCAUAUUCAAAGCCAUUAUUGAGCGGUCUGGGCUGUCACAGUUAACUCGUUGCACUUAUCGGUUCGUCAGCAAGCUUCUAAUCUCCAGCUUUGUUGAGAGAUGGCAACUUGAGACGAACACAUUUCAUACGACAGUUGGUGAGAUAACCUUGACCUUGGAUGAUGUUGGCACUAUUCUUAGCCUUCCCACUGUAGGCAGAUCAGUCAACGUACCAAAUGUGACAGAUCUUCAUGGAGUUACACUACUAGUUUCUGGCUUGGGGAUUAUUAAAUGUGUAUCACAUGACGAAGUUUCUACUACUGGUGGGAAUUCAGUCAGGCUUGAGUGGUUGCAAAGUCAGUUUGCUAGUGUCAUAGAUUCAGACCCAGAGGACACUAUACAGUGCGCUGCUAGAGCUUAUUUGUUGUUUCUGUUAGGAUGUAUGCUUUUCAGUGACAAGAGUGGCGACAGGGUUUUUGUUGUUUACCUUAGCUUAUUGAUGGAUUUGGGAUCCAUUCAUACUUACGCCUGA